AUGCACUCACAUCAUUCACACUCUGGUGACUACUGUGCCCAUGGUGUAGACCCUUUGAACUCCAUGAUUGAUCGAGUCAUCAAUCUAAACUUCCAGACGUACUGCCUGACAGAGCACAUACCAAGAGUUGAGUCCAAGUUCAUAUACCCCGAAGAAUUGGCAUUGGGCAAGACUUCUGACGAUAUUAUAACAAGUCUAGAAACAUCGUUCAAGAAUUUUAUGAGUCAUGCGCAAAAGAUCAAAGCUCGUUAUGCUGGCAAGCCAGACGUACGGACCAAGUUCAUUAUAGGGACUGAGAUCGAAAGCUGCGACAUGGUCCACAUCGAAUAUGCCAAGAGAGUCAUGAGGGAGAAUAGCGAUAUUCUGAAGUUUUGUGUGGGCUCAGUUCACCACGUCAACGGGAUCCCCAUCGAUUUCGACCAGGAGCAAUGGUACAAUUCAUUACAUUCAUUCAAUGAUAACCUGAAGGACUUUUUGCUGUCCUACUUCCAAUCGCAGUACGAAAUGCUCACCAAUAUUGAGCCAUUGGUUGUAGGUCACUUCGACCUUUUCAAGCUUUUCCUGCCCAAUGACAUGCUGGUAAACCAGAAAUCCGGCCAAUGCAACGAGGAAACCGGGGUUCCCGUAGCUUCACUGGACGUCAUCAAUGAAUGGCCUGAAGUGUACCAUUCAGUGGUAAGAAAUUUACAGUUCAUAGACUCCUAUGGCGGUGCCAUUGAAAUCAAUACAUCCGCACUAAGAAAGGGCCUCAAGGAGCCGUACCCUAGCAAAACCUUAUGCGAUCUUGUCAAGAAGCACUGCGGAUCCAGAUUUGUUUUGAGUGAUGACGCACAUGGUGUGGCGCAGGUGGGUGUGUGUUACGACAAGGUAAAGAAGUACAUAGUAGACGUUCUACAGCUUGAACACAUCUGCUAUCUUGAAGAGUGCCAACCACCGCAGAAUGGGAUAUCCCUAAAGAAACUACCGAUUACGCGCUUCGUUAAUGAUCCCUUCUGGACCAAUAUUUAG